UGGCCCUGCGAUGCUCCGAGCGUGGGAUAGUCGAAUGCGACGGCGAUGUGACCUGCACUGGCAAAGGCUUCGCAGAAGAACUGAAGGCCGUGUGCUUUCGAGAGUCCCAGACCAUGUCCCAGAACGAUGACGGCUCUCUUUGUCGUCAGAUCACCGUAGACCCAUGCUGAGAGCUUCUCGGAGAUGCCGGGAGGAGUGAUCCACACGGUCUCACGCUGCAUGUGACAGAGAUGAGGGUGGCCCUGAAGCGUCGGAUCCACCGCGAGAGCCAAACUUGGCGCGUGCGUGGCCUCAGAGAGUGUGCGAAUCGGCCCUGCACCUUUGCCUCGUCGCUGUCAUGAACGCAGCGCAGGCGAAGACGUUUGGCAGGAUCCUAGCCCAGCGAGCGAGGGCAGCAUACGCACCAUCGGGUGGGGGAGGACCAUCGUCGGGCGGCUCGGGCAAACCGAACGGACCCGGCCUGGGAGCAAUCUUGGGCGGCGGAGGUGGCCUCAUCCUGCUCGCAGUCGGCGGCGUGGUCAUCAACUCUGCGCUCUUCAACGUCGAUGGCGGCCACCGAGCGAUCAAGUACACUCGAUUGUACGGCGUCAAAAAGGACAUCUAUACUGAAGGAACUCAUUUCCUCAUACCCUGGCUCGAGUCAGCCAUCACAUACGAUGUCAGGGCAAAGCCGAGAAGUAUUGCCUCGCUGACAGGCACAAAGGAUCUACAAAUGGUGAACAUCACCUGCCGUGUCCUGUCGAGACCCCGCGUAGAGGCCCUGCCGACGAUCUACCGUGAGCUCGGCACGGACUACGACGAGCGUGUCCUGCCCUCGAUCGUCAAUGAAGUCCUCAAAUCGGUCGUGGCCCAGUUCAACGCUUCACAGCUCAUCACCCAGCGAGAGAUGGUCUCGAGGCUCGUCCGGGAGAACCUCACUCGCCGAGCCCAGCGCUUCAACCUCGUCCUCGACGACGUUUCCAUCACCCACGUUGCCUUUUCGCCCGCGUUCAGCGAUGCUGUCGAGGCGAAGCAGAUCGCGCAACAGACAGCUCAGCGUGCUGCCUACCUCGUCGAUCAGGCGAUCCAGGAGAAGCAGUCCAUCAUCGUCAGAGCUCAGGGUGAAGCCAAGAGUGCAGAACUGAUCGGCGAAGCCAUCAAGCAAAGCAAAGGUUUCCUCGAGCUCCGUCGACUCGAGGCAGCUCGUGACAUCGCCGCACUCGUCGCGGCGAGCGGCAACAAGGUCAUGCUCGAUGCAGAUUCGCUCCUCCUCAAUCUCAACAAGGUAUGUCUGCCACAGGUCCCCUCUGUAGACAAACCUGACUGAUCGACGUCGCUACAGGACGCACCAGGCAUCGAUCAUCAGAAGAAAAGAUAAACCCCUCUCGUGUACAUGCAUGCAU